UAUCAUUGUAUGGGCGUGGGGGGAGUUUUGCUGCUUUAUAAGAGAGUGCUGCUCCACUCCAGAGACACGCAUUCCGCUGUUGCGUCUUUGGUGUUAAACAAAUUAACUUCACUCUGAGUCUUGACUCUUUGCUGGUAAACAAGUUUAUUGCAUAUUGAAAUCAGACCUAUCAGUUUACUUCAAUCAAUAUCUUCUAUAGUCAUCCUUAACACUGAGGCCUGCACAGAAUUGUAUAUAUUUCAAAGCAACACCUUUGUUUGGAGAAGUUACGGGACGCACGCACACACACUCCACAUGGCAACCAGACUGUACAUUAUCGGUGGUGGAGGAGGCGCACCAUUUGAAUUCCACGGCAUGAACAACGGUGCCACCCUCAAGAAGAUCGGAGUGGCGGUGGAAGGCUGGCAGAUCAAAGCGGUGCGGGCAGAGCUGACCGACGGGCGCGUGAAAACCUUUGGAAAAGCGCACACUUUCAAUGAGUUUGAGUUCGACCUCGGCGAGCACAUCACCAAGCUGUCACUGUGGGGUAACGGUGCUGGCACACAUCUGGGUGCCAUCAAGUUCACGACGAGUAAGAACCGGCAGUUCUUUGAAAAAAUGACUAGCUGGUCCCUGAAGACUGAGUACACCAUAGGUGGGUCCGGAAUCUGCCUGGGGCUGGAGGGGAGGUCUGGCUCGGAUAUCGACUGCAUGGGCUUCCUCUUCAUCAACCCCAUCAAGUCGUCCAUGCUGACCGACAUGGAGUAUCCCACCCUGUCCCUCCUCAAACCCCAGGUGACCCCAGAAUAUGUGAAGUCCGUGUCUCACAAAAACGACACGUCCUUGGUUCAAGAAGAGUCCAUUGAAUACAGCAAGACCCUGACUAAGACUUCCUCCUGGUCGGUCAGCAACAAGAUAGAGACCACCUUGAACGUGUCGGUCAAAGCGGGGAUCCCGGAGCUGGUCGAGGUGUCAUCAGGGUUCAGCUUGACCGUGGGAGUGGAGCAUUCCACCAGUCUGGUGAAGACAGAGACCAUAACAGAAGCGGAUACAAUCCAACUGAAGGUCCCGCCAUGGAAGACCUUGGAUGUUGAAGUCACAGUGGGGAGAGCAAAUAUCGACCUCGACUACAGGGCCACAGUGAAAGUCACCUGCAAGAAUGGCAGCCAGCUGGUCUUCCCAUCCAACGGCACCUACAAUGGUGUGACUUACACUUCAGCGAAGGUAUCCAUAAAGGAGAGAUGAGUCAAGUGUAUGACAUCAUGAAUAAUAAGCAAAGUGAUAGAAUGUGACACCAUUGCUGAUUCUUUGUGUGCUCUUUCUGUUAUUAUGCUCAUCUUUGAGUGAUUCUGAUUGAACCCAGUUGACUCAGCUCUUUCUGUUAUCAUAAUCUUCUUUGAGUGAUUCUGAUUGAACCCAGUUGACUCAGCUCUUUCUGUUAUUAUGAUCAUCUUUGAGUGAUUCUGAUUGAACCCAGUUGACUCAGCUCUUUCUGUUAUUAUGAUCAACUCAUACGGGGGGCCAGUAUGAAAAAAAUUAUAAUGUAUGCACUCUCUAACUGUAAGUCGCUCUGGAUAAGAGCGUC